CUGAAAUCAACAAAUCAACUGACUGAUGUUCUGAAUCGGGUCUAAUCGGCAUACGGAGCAACGCGCGCUCUCUCUGUUUAGGGACCGCCUCGCGAGCGACGGGACACUGGCCAAUACGAUCCAAAAGUCACGGAAAUCUUUGUGCAGCGAGAGUUUCCACGCGUGAAAAUGAUCCAAGAGGGGAAAUAAUCCGAGAGCACGCGAGAGAAACAAACAGAGGGAGCGCGAGGGAGAGAGAGAGAGAUCACUGAUGAGGUGGAGGAGCAGGAUGGUGGUGGCCUAGAAACAUCAGGAAUUCCUCGUUCCGCUUGACUGGAUUGUAAGACGAUGGGGGAUUUUACGCAUUGCAAAGAAAAGGGGCUCGCUUUUCUCCUCCGCGCACCCCGGCUUUACUUUACUCCGAGGAUGCGUUGAAGUCUCCCAGUCCGAGAGUCACUGGCCCACGUGUGAAGGAACAGCGGUGCUGCGCAUUAAUGCGUGUGUGCGCGAGCGCGUACGCGUGCUCUCCCGUGACCGAUGGCACUGGAAUCCGUGCGCAACGGCUAUGUGCGCACUUGUGUCACUCCCGUGGAGCAGGACUGCUGGCACUCGUGCUUGGCUCUCGUGUGGAGCCGUAGGAGCCUCUCCUCGGCCGUGUGCGUCGCUUCACUGUCCGUGCUGCUCGCGCUGCUCGCUCAGUCCGCGGACUGGGACGCGGAGCGCGCACACGCGCACUCUGGCUCUCACUUGGUGACGCUCGUGGAGCUCGUGUGGCAGCUGCUCUCGCCCGUCUUUACGCUCGUGUGUGCCUUCUUCUGGGUGGGUGUGUAUCUGCUCCGCUGCGGGGUGCUCAUCCGCACGGCCGUGUUCCUGCUCACCGUGUGCCAUCUGGGCGAAGCGGCGGCGCAGUCGCUGUUGGAUGCGCAGCAGCUGUACUCAUUCACGGCCACCGCGCUGGUGCUGCUCGCCUGCCUGGCCAGCGGGGCGCUCAUGGUGGUGCGUCUGGGUCAGGGCAUUUCCGUGCUCCUCUUCAUCAGCAUCAUCAGGACCGUAUCGCUGCUGUCUCUGCAGAAGGUGCGCGCCAGCUGGAGACCCUACCUGGCGUACCUGCUCGGGGUGCUGGGGGUCCUGCUGGCGAGGUAUGCGGACAGGCUGCUGCCGGGGCAGGGCGCAUCACACCGGGAGGGAUCGAGGGGAGAUAUUCCGGUAUUUAAGAGGCGCAGGAGGUCCAGCUCCGUAGUCUCGUCAGACAUGGCACAGCACGGCCAGCCCAGGAGCAAAUCUCACAGGCGGACAUCGCUGCCCUGUUUGCAGAGAGACCAGAUGCUCCCACAGCAAGAAUGGGACCCCAAAAGAGGAGCCCGAGGAUCUCAGCCAUCAGGCCUAAUGCAAUCUUCGGGCACCAGUGUGACGGUGGACAUCGCGGUGAUGGGCGAGGCCCACGGACUGAUCUCAGAUCUGCUGGCUGACCCCUCCCUCCCGCCGAACACCUGCAGCACCCUGCGGGCUGUCAGCAACCUGCUCAGCACCCAGUUCACCUUCCAGCCGCUGCACCACCGGCCGCGCCUGAGCCCCCUGCUGGCCUUCACCGAUGGACAUGCCUGCUCCGACUCAGAGGAGGUGCCGGAGAAAGGAGAGAGGCUGGCCAUCUCAAAGCGUUUGAAGCGGAGUUUGCAUCCGGGGCUUUUGAGACGGAUUUCUUCCCCGUGGACCACCACCACCUCAGCCACCGGUCUGCCCACCCUCGAACCCGGGCCGGUCAGAUGGGACCGCAGUGCCAGCAUCAAAGCACCUCAUGAUGGCCCUUCCAGCAGUUUGGUGAACAGUGAUUCAUGGAACAAUUCAGUUAUGCUCGGGCUUUCCAAGAGCAGGUCCAUGUCUGCUUCAUACGCUGCCUCCUCUGCCGCCAACCACAUCUAUAGCAAGAGCCGAAGAGGUUGCCCUUCUUCCAACAUCUCACCUCUGGCUUCACCCUGCACCUCUCCUCCAGUCCAGGGCACUCCGCUCACCAGCCCCACCAACAAAAGCCCUUCAGUGGAGCUGCCGGACCCAGAGCUUCCUCCGCCACAGAGCCCCCACAAAGCCUUAACCCACAGUCAGAGCGUCCCCAGCUCCAGCACUGCACAAUGGGUGCCGCCUUCACUUUGUAGCAGCUGUAGAAGACCGUACGGUAAGCUGAGACACGUGGACGGAUCCAUAGACGCAGGAGAUCGAACCCAACAGUCAGAUGAGCCGCUGAUAAUGUCGUCAGACUAUGACAGCACCUAUGAGACCAACCACAGUGACAGCAGCGACUUUGCACAGAACGAGGAAGACAGAGAGGGUCAAAUGAAAGCCUGCGGGACGUUCCCGUCUCCGGCGCUCGCACUGGCCGCUCACAUCCCAGCAGAGGAUAAGCCCAUCUUGGCCCCGGAGCCGCUGGUGAUGGAGGGCCUGGAGCCCCUCAUGAGUCAGAUCAACAACUGGAACUUCCCCAUCUUCAGUCUGGUGGAGAAAACCAAUGGCAGAUGUGGCUGCAUCCUCAGCCAGGUGUCUUACCGGUUGUUUAUGGAUACGAGACUCUUCGAGACGUUCAAGAUUCCAGUGAGGGAGUUCAUGAACUAUUUCCACGCUCUGGAGAACGGAUACAGGGACAUCCCAUAUCACAACAGGAUUCAUGCAACAGACGUCCUCCAUGCGGUGUGGUACCUCACUACCCAGCCUGUGCCUGGUUUACCUUCACUGGCAUCACUGAGUGACUCGGACUCUGACGGUGGACUCGCUCACAGCCACUCAAAGUACCUGAUGUCCAAGACGUAUCCUGUAGAGGACGAGGGCUACGGCUGUCUGUCCGGCCUCAUCCCCGCUCUGGAGCUGAUGGCGCUCUACGUAGCAGCCGCUAUGCAUGAUUACGACCAUCCCGGGAGGACCAACGCGUUCCUGGUGGCCACCAGUGCUCCUCAGGCCGUGCUUUAUAAUGACCGUUCGGUGCUGGAGAACCAUCACGCAGCGUCUGCCUGGAAUCUCUUCAUGUCGCGGCCUGAGUACAAUUUUUUGGCCAGUCUGGACAACAUGGACUUCAAACGCUUUCGCUUCCUGGUCAUCGAGGCCAUACUGGCCACCGACCUCAAGAAACACUUCGACUUUCUGGCUGAAUUCAAUGCCAAAGUGGGAGAUGAUGGAUGCUCGAGCAUCGAUUGGACUAAUGAGAAUGAUCGUCUGCUGGUCUGUCAGAUGUGUAUUAAGUUAGCGGAUAUAAACGGUCCAUUGAAAAGCAAGGAGCUCCAUUUGCAGUGGACGGAAGGCAUCGUCAAUGAGUUUUAUGAACAGGGUGAUGAAGAGUCCAGUUUGGGCCUUCCCAUCAGCCCCUUCAUGGACCGCACAGCACCACAGUUGGCCAAACUGCAGGAGUCCUUCAUCACACACAUCGUCGGGCCUCUCUGCAGCUCUUACGAUUCAGCCGCCCUCAUGCCCGGCCACUGGGUCGACCCUCUGCCCAAAGAGGGCGAAAACGCUGACGAAGAGACGGAUGAAGAGGAGGAGGAGGAGGAGGAAGACACACCAGAGGAAGACGCCUCCACCAGCUCCGAACUAUCUCAGAAACCUGCACCCAAGAAACGAGGGAAAGUGUUCUGCCAGAUCACCCAUCACCUGCUGGAGAACCACGAGAUGUGGAAGAAGGUCAUUGCAGAAGAGUCCCAAAGUCAGACAGAAGAGGAGGAGUCCACAUGCCUCACUAACACCCCUGAGCCAAUCCUAGCCAUCGAUGAGGAGGAGGAGGAGCCGGGGAGCAAGGAGGAGCCUGCAGACGACCAGGAGGAGGAGACAACAGAGGAAGAGGAGAGUCCUGUACCUGACGAGACACAUGAAACAGAGGAAACAGAUGGUGAGACUGUAGAGGAAGCGGACGAGACUGUGGAGAGAGACACGGUGACUGUAGAAGACGAUGCAGAGCUAAUGGGAAAACGAGAGGAAGACGAGACAGAGGAUCCGGAAUGAAUGACUUGCCCUUUUUAGACGUUGUCUAAAAGCUUUUUAUCGGCAAGCGAGACUUCUAAGAAAUGGUUGCCAGCACAUCACUUAGACACAACACUGUAGAUGCUUGGGGAACAUGUGCCUAAAGGAAACAGGGUGGGACGGGGUGGUUCGGGAUGAAGGGUUUGUGUAACAAUGAGCAAGCGGUGAACUAUUGAGGUUAGAUGCUAAAAUUGGCCAGGACAUAGAGUUCUCCAGGGGGUUUCCUAUAUUUUCUAGACUUACGUUGGUCAGUUUUGCAAAUCCUUCUGGCGAAACCCUCUCCAGCUGCACCUUAACCCCCAAAACUACGACAGGGGUCCCAAUGAUCUGCGGCGACACGUUUUGCAGGCUCAACAAGCAUUUCCAAGGAGCUUAGUGUCAAAGUCAGAACCGAGAAACCAAUCCACCGUGACUCUGGCCGGUUCGCGUAUCCCAUCAUCGGCAGCGGACAAAAGCAAAUGCUCCAGAAACUGCAUGCAUUUGUGACAAGGCUACGAAAAGAUACGAUAUGUGUCUGCAUGUCUGUCCUGCCAUUGCUCUUUCUUUUUCCCUUCCAGAACAUCACUAUAGCAAAUGCUUGCGCCAUUGUCUCAUUUCUGAAGGCGUCGAGCCGAAUGCUUGUCAUUCUCUUCCCUCACCUUUUUCCCUCUGCAUUCCAUGAACUGAGAUUUUAAGUUUCUCAGGAUCAGACUGUUUUCGGAUAAUUGUAUUUAAAGAGUCAUUGGUUUUUACAGACUUUCUUGCAACUUUCUAAUCUUUUGGAUCUUGACUCGUGGACAAAGGCAACCUUUAGUUGUUUUUUAAACUGUAACUUCUUCAAAACGCCAAUGGCCUUUUAGCCCAAUCGUUGUUUAACCAGGUGAUUUGAUAUAUAUAUAUACACAUACAUACGGCGUGCAAUAGUACAUCACGUCAUCCCUAGUCAUUGGUGUACCAUCCAAAGCUACA